AUGCUUGCUCGCACCGCACUCUUCUACACCGCCCUAGCUUACAUCGGCGCACACGCUUUGCCAAACAAUGGAACUGAAGGACAAGAAAUCCAAUGGGGUCCUUGUACGUUGAACGCGUCCAUUCCCGUCGACUGUGGCAACGUUACCGUGCCCCUGGACUACUCGACUCCAAACUCGACCGCCACACUUGAUAUCGAGCUCUUGAGGGUCCGAGCCACGAAUCAGCCCUCUAAGGGGAGCAUUCUGUUCAACCCCGGCGGCCCCGGCGGUGGGGGACAAUCUGGUCUAAUUAAGCGAGCCGAACUGCUUCUCGAAUACACUGGAGGAUCUCAUGAUCUCAUCUCCUUCGAUCCAAGAGGAGUUGGCAAAACAAUGCAAUUCUUGUGUUACAAAACGGCCGCGGAAAUCGAAUCGGUUGAUCUACGAUACCCGCGGGAAUCUGGAAAUGCUUCCGAUACGACAUUAGGUGAGCUUUGGGCCAAUAUGGGUGUCCGGGCUGGCAUCUGCAAAGAUAGGGGAGGGGAUAUCGGAGAACUGCUCGGUACUGCAUUUGUGGCCAGGGAUCUGAUGCGCAUCGUGGACGCGCUUGGCGAAGACGGAAUGCUAAGAUAUUGGGGCAUCUCGUACGGUACCGUACUAGGAGCCACCGCCGCAGCCAUGUUUCCCGACAGAAUGGACCGCGUGAUAAUUGACGGCGUCACAAAUAUCCACCAGUACUGGCACGACUCUGAAAUCGACAUGUUCGCCGCCGUCGAUGAGAGCUUCUCCAGCUUCCUCGCCAGCUGCGUCGAAGCUGGUCCAGACAAGUGUCCACUUGCUCGCAACAACAUUAGCGCUUCGGAUCUUGAGGCUAAGCUCUAUGCAUUUAUCGAGGAUGACCUCAAAUACAAUCCUUUCGCCACGUGGAACGGUCGGCUCAUCACCUACGACAAGACACGUUCUUUCAUCUUCAACUACCUGUACGACCCGGCCAAAUUCCCCGAUCUCGCGGCACUGCUGGACGGUAUUUUGACGCGCAACCCCAACGUCCUCGACGGCAUGUCGGCCGACGACUCCACGCCUGAGGCCCUCAACCUCGACGCACGUGAUGCAAUCUGGUGCGCCGACAAGACGAUACGCGCUAGCAGCCUGGAAGAAAUGCGCCCAACCAUAGAGGACAGGUUAUACCCGACGAGCAGGGCGGUUGGCGAUACGUGGGCGUUCUUUGCUCUGACGUGCCCGCAAUGGCGGAUGGAGGCUAAGGAGCGCUAUCUGGGCGACUAUAACGUCCGGACGAGGCACCCGAUGUUGGUCAUUGGCAACACCUUCGACCCUGUGACGCCGCUCGUUUCGGCGCGCAAUGCGAGCGAGACUUUUGAGGGAAGUGUGCUGCUUCAUUACAACAGCCACGGGCAUGGCUCGCUUAAACAGCCAUCACGUUGUCAGAAGAAGGCCGUCCAGGCAUACUUCGCGGACGGAACCUUGCCAGAGCCCGGUACUAUCUGCGAACCGGAUGCGCCGCUGAAAGACGUUUUCCAAUGA